AUGGCUGCUUCGAGGCCAGCGCGCCCCAAGCCCCUGGACUGGUCGGGUCCGUCAUAUUUGAAAGUCUUUGUUCGCAACCUGAAAUUACUACAACUGGACCAGCGCGAUGAUUGGCCUGAAAUCACCCUCCGUGGUCUGUCGUCGUCAUCCGCGAAUCAGCGACAGCGCAUUCGCCUGGUCGAGUGGGCUCUCUACCACCUGUUUGCUAUUUGGGAUCCAGAGGGCACUCAAAAUAAACUCCGUCCCUUUUUCCCACCGCUAGAACCCCUACAAUCCGUCAACCUCCGCGCAGCACUCUUCCGCGCUCUAACAGAACUGAAGAAAAAUGGCGAUCUGGGGCGGGAGACAACUCUGCGCAAAACAAUGCUAGAUGAUUGCAAGGGUGAGAAAUUCGAUGAAUUGCUUGCUGUGUUCUCAACAGCGGUACUACGCAAGCUACUCGCAAUGUCCGCGACGGAUACAUCGUGGAACUCUGCCAUGAAGCUCUCUAUGGCCAAUGCGAUCUCUCCGGUAGAUUAUCAGAAUAUUCUGCCGCUCAUACUUGCUCAUCAGGUUUCCCUCAAUACGGCAGGGGGUAACCGUGCACGGGUGCAAGAGAUUUAUGAACAGUUCUCGCAAUUACUGGAUGAUAAGAAGGUCGAGCUCUCGGAACGUGCCAGUAAGGAGGAUCAGAAUUCGGGUCAGGUGCAGGUCGAUCCGGAAAUCUUGGCGCGUGAGCUUCGGGCCAAUUGGUUGGGAAGCGAGGAGUGGGCUACCGCGUUACUCGACGGUGGUGCACAGUGUAGCACGGACGCUUUCUUGGAGCUGCCAUUCUCACAGGCCUGGGCUCGUGCAACCGAUUCAUCGGUUGCAGAUCUUAGUACCAAUGCCAAGCAAGACCUAGUUGUUGACCUCGAGGCAAGGGUCUUGCGGCUCCGUAGUCGACUACGCAAGUGGCACGAGUUCAAUGACUCCAUUCGCAAAAAGCGUGAUCAAAAUGGUUCUUCUGCCAGUGCAAAGCCCCAGGAGCCUCGACUGGUAUUCCGUGAUCAUCAACCUCUCACGGUGGCCAGUAUCUCCAAAGCUGUACGACAGCCCGCAGAUCGCGGAAGGGUGCUCAAGGACAUAGAUCGAUCCUUUAUGUCAACUGUCAACGAGGCCAUUGUCCGUAUAAAUGGAAAUCCUCGAAAUCAGAUGCGUCGCAAUAUACUCGACGAGAACAUUCCGGUCAAAUCCUUGCCGGUUAGGCCACCAAGUGCCAUUUACCAAAGCACGUCGGCGUCAUCAGAGAGUGAGGCCGAAAUUCCUUUGUCUAAGGAUUCUAGGUCAGCAUAUCCUAGUAGCAUGACCCCAAGUCCUGAGCCAGAGACCCUUCGGCCUUCGGCCUCCACUCCAAUCGUCCGUCUCACGCCUGAUCCGGAUCUCAAAUCCGAUGAACCUGACUACGAGCCCGUGAAAGCCUCAUCCUCACAUUACAAGCUCACUGAACGUACCCGCAAAUCCAUGUCUCUUGUUCCACCUGUCCAAUCGCACGAACCCCGCCCCCAUCAGCGCCGUGGUCCACGAACUUCCCUCCCAGUGAACCAACUCGAAACUCCCCGGAAAACCUCCGAACCUAUCACGAGAUCCGGCGCGUCGACGCCGCAGGACAAGCUUUUCGAGGAGGAUGCCGAAUAUGCCAGCAUCUUUAAGUCGCGACCGCGAGUGGCGCUUAGUCCUAUCUCGUCCCCUGCCGUGCAUAUCAGCCCUGAGCUGGACAACGAUGGGUUCGAUUUAGACUAUGGCAGGGCACAGUGGGGAGAUGUCGAUUCUCCGUUAGCUACAGCCAAGUAUAGGUAG